AUGUUUGCAAUGAUAAAUCGGGUGUUAGAAUGGUUCCGGAGUUUGUUUUGGAAGGAAGAGAUGGAGUUGACGUUGGUUGGAUUACAAAAUUCUGGAAAAACAACAUUCGUGAAUGUCAUUGCGGUUAGUUCUCAUGUUGUUAAUGAACAUCUUUUACACGGACAAAGAAUGAGUCUUCGAAAAUUACUGAAACAAACGUCGAUACAAUUCAUUCAGAGUGGACAAUUCACUGAGGACAUGAUUCCCACCGUUGGAUUCAACAUGAGGAAAAUAACGAAGGGAAAUGUUACAAUAAAGGCGUCACGCAAUGAGCUGAUGCAACUGCUCGAUAAAGCACAGUUGGACGCGAUUCCUGUUCUCGUGUUAGGGAACAAAAAGGAUCUGCCUGGUGCUCUCGAUGAACGGACAACUUAU